AUGAAAAAAGCAAAGAAAAUCGUUCCACGCCGCGGUUCCGAGCCAAAUCCUCGUCCUCCUCAAAAAGUUCCAAAAAGACCAACUUCAUCUACUUCUCCACUUCAAUCAUCAAACAAAAAACAAAAACAACAAGAUAACGAAUAUCUCUCUUCAUCAGAAACCGAAUCAAUGUCGUCCAUUUCAGAAGCAACCCUAAAAGACCAAAUAUCAAGUCAACCUACAUCAGGAUCACUGCCAACUACCAUCUGCACUUCCUCUCCGGAAAAACCAAACUCCAGUCACUCACUAUCAGACUCUCUUGUUUCCAUCUCCGACGAUCAUGAUUCAAAAUCCUCACCAUCAAGCACACCUGCAACUGCGGCUCCACCGCGCCUACGUGUUCCUCCAAUAAUCAUGAAAUCCACUGACUACCGGCAAAUUGCACCAAAACUAUUCAGUUUUAAUUUAUAG